AUGACCCUUGGGGAAGAUUCGACGACGAAUUCUGGUGAAUUGCUCAAGUCUAUUGAUAAAGUGACCAAGGACGAUAGGAAAGGAGAUUGGUCCUCAUAUCCUUUGGAUUUCGAAGACAAAUGGCCCCUCACACGCGCCGAGCGGGUGCAGGAGCUAGAGGAACUACUAUCCAGACACUACUUCAAGACAAUGCAGAGAGAGAAUAUCAAGGGUGCCAUAGCGUACCAUGCGGGAUUUCCGCCCGACGAGGUGAUGCCCGACGAAAGCGUCUGUUUCCAGGGCGUAAAGAUUGUCGAGGUCCCGGUAUCGGAGAUUGACCCAGAGAAAGGGCCCCCCUGGCUGCGAUUUUAUGACCGGACAUGGCCAAGGACAACAGUUCAAAAUUUCUCAGGUGAUAAAAUCACCCUGAAAACCAACGAUCCUAAGACCAUGCCAUUACCAAAUUGUGAUAUCUUGAAGAUGCAAUGGUUCCUUCAAAGGCCAGCAGCCAUCAGCGGAGUAGCUGAAAGCUACAACGACGACUAUCACGGUGACUUACACAUACGUGAAGACAUCAACAACUAA